AUGCCAUCAAAGAGCGUCUACAACGAAUGGCUCCCGCAGCACCUGGCGGAGCGUGUCGCCACAGAGGAACCAGCGCGGUAUGCUGCCCUGGUGGCGGCGCUGAAGGCGCAGUGGGAGCGCGACAGCCGCACCCUGCCUGCUGCCGAGGCCCUCCGGGCCACCCAGCCCUACAUCGCCCUCUGUAGGACCCUCUACCAUGCACGCGCUGACCUCGACAGCACCUCCCUGCACGACCUGGUACACUGCCAGCUGGAAAUGGUGGCGCAGGGUGAGGGCGACCUCAUGGUGCAGACGCGGUGGGCACUGCAGCUGCAGCAGCUGCUGCGCACGCACCGCAGCAAGCUGAGCAUCGAGGUGCCCUGGCGCCCCUGGUACCUCAUGCUGCGCCGCACGGUACUGCGCGACGACCUGGAGUACGAGGGGGGCGCGCUGUCAGAGGCGCGGCGCCAGACCCUGGCCCGCCUCAUCCACCGCCUGCGGCGCCACUUCCCCCGGGGCGCGGCCGCCGAGAUCUGGGAUGAGUUCAAGACGGCGCUGCGGGACGUGCAGCGUGUCGAUGGCUUUGAGGCCCUGGGCUGGCUGACCAUGCUGCUGCCGACCACGGCGCUCAAGGCCGGCGACGGCGACUGGGGCGCCUGGGCGGAGGAGUGGGUCGCUCUCUGGCGCGCCGUGCCCCACUGCUCCUACUGGGACGCGCUGUGGGGCGCGCUCUUCGCGCGCCUAGCCUCCCACGACGCCUUCGGCCUGAUCGACUGGCACCGCCACCUGCCCGAGCUGUAUACCCAUUUUCUGUGGGCCUUCCGCGUCCCCGUGGGCACCUCCUUCGCCGACCCCCCCUUCUCCUUCGACUGCCCCAAGCACUGUCAGGUGCUGUUCGCCAACGAGCUGGCCUCCCGCAGCGAGUGCGCCGCCCACGCCGCCAUCUACAUGCUGGGGCACGGUGGCGGCCCCCCCGGCGCCGACUCCGCGCUGGCCCACCUGGAGGGCCUGGUGGGCCUGCUGGAGCAGUACUACCACCCCUCCAACGGCGGGCGCUGGAACUCGGGCCUGGCCCACCUGUUCAAGACGCUGGCCUCCGCCUUCGGCGCGCGGCUGCUGGCCGAGAGCAACGCCGCGCGGCGCACCGCGGAGCGCGCACGUGGCCCGCGCGGCGCCUCCGCCCCGCCCGACGCACCAGCGGGGGACGCGGAGGCGGAGGUGGACCCGGGCGGCGCAGCCGCGGAGGAGGACGCCAGCGUGGACGGCGACGACGCCAGCGAGGCCAUCGAGCGGGUUGUGGGGGCUUUGCUGAGGCUGGCCUCCAAGGCCCAGUUCAGCAAGGACAAGGAGCUUCGGCGCAGCGCCACGCGCAUCCUAGGCCUGCUGGCGGAGGUGUCGCCGCGCGCGGUGCUGCCCGGCGUGCACGCGCACUUUGUGGCGGCGCUGGAGACGGUGACCAGCACCAGCGUGCUGGCCAGCGCCAUCCAGACGCUGAGCCUCUGCGUGCGCCCGCUGCUCGUCGCCGGGCUGGUCCUGCCUCCCGAGGACGGCGGCGGCGGGGUUGAGGUCGCUGUGGGCAUGAACGGGGAUGGUGAGGAGGUGGCCACCCCAGGCUUCCCGCUGGAGACCGAGAUCUGGGUGGAGGAGCUGCUGUCCCACGUCUUUGCCGUCAUCUCCAACCUGGACGCGCCUGAGCACAGGGACGAGCACCAAGCUGAGGGGCUGGGGUCUGGGGAGGGAGAGGAGACCUUCCUGCUUGACGGCAACUCGAUGUUCCGCCCGCUCAUGGAGCUGCUCUUCUCCCGCCUGCCCCCUGGCCUGCGCCGGCACGCCAUCCAGCGCGUGGGGCGCUUCCUGCUGGAGACCACGCUGAGCUCGGUGAUGGUGGAGGCCGCGGUGCUGUGCAACGCCGUGGCCUGGGCCGACCCGCGGCUGGCGGGGGAGCUGGCCCAGGAGGCGGUGCUGGCCUGGCGCAUCAACCUUGCCUCCAGCCUGGUCAUGUACGCGGGCUGCGCGGCGGUGUCCCAGAAGGUGGAGGUGCUGGGCGCGCUGCGCGCGCUGGCCGCGCUGCCCGCGCUGCCUGUGGCCGAGGCGCUGCAGGGACUGCUCUCCUCCCUGCUCCUGGGCCUGCUGGCGCUGGCGCGGGAGGUGCUGGACGCGCACCUGGCCGCGCCGCUGGCGCGCCUGGGCGCCAUGCUGGACGCGGGAGACUUUGCGGCGGCCUGCACGGCCGAGGCCGGCGCGCGCGGAGGGCGCGAGGCCCUGCGCGCCCUGCUCUGGCAGCUCCAGGGCUGCCUGGCGGGGGUGUCGGUGUGCCUGGCCCCGCUGGCCGCGGCGCAGGCGGCCGGGGCGGCGGGGGAGGCCGCCUCCCCGGCCGUCAGCCUGGUGGGGGAGCUGGGCGCCGCGGUCGGCUCGGCGCGCGAGCGCGAGGAGGGCGCGGCCGUCGUGCUGCGCGCGCUGCGCGCCGCCGACGCCGCCGAUCCGGACACCCUCUACCUCCUGCUCACCGUCGCCGACAGCUUCAUGGCGGCCGGGAGCGCGGAGUACUCGGACUCGCUGGACCACGCCUCCUCCUGGGCGGCGGACGAGAAGUGGGUGUCGGAGAAGCCGCUGGCGGGGCGGCUGUACGCCGGCGCGGGGCUGUGGGACCCGCGCCGGCGCUGGUCGGUGCACACCGGGGCGGGGGCGCAGACGGAGCUCCUGGGGGCGGCGGUCACCCUGAGCUUCCGCUUCGUCAAGCCGGUGAACCACGACCCGGACACGGUGUCGGCCCUGGUGCGCGACCUGCUGCGGACUCUGAGUGGCACCUCCACGCCUGCGGUACCGUGGAGAUACCGCCUCCUGGCCGCCGCGUUCACUUGCUUGUUGCUCAAGACGGCCUCGCCAGAUGACACGGCGGCCAUCGCCACCACGUUUGCAGGCCUGCUGACCAGCGACCUGCUGCUGCUGCGCCAGGCCGUGGCUGCCGUCCAGGAUGGCACCUUCAAGCCGGAGCACGCCGCACUGGUGCAGGCCCUGGCGCUCACCGCUCCGGCGGUUCUGGGGCCGGGCCUUCGCGCCGCGGUGCUGGAGGCCCUGGCGCGACCGCAGGACGUCGACCGGCCGGCCACCGCCGCGGCGGGCGAGUGCCUGGCGGGGCUGGUGGCUUCGGGCGUCCCCUUCGAGGACGGGUCCUGGGACGAAUGGGUGGGCCCCGCCUUGCAAGAAGCCCUGGCCUCGGCGCCGCUGGAGCAGACCUCCGCCUGGGCCAGCGGGACGCUGCGGUACGCCGCCUACGAGCUGGCGACGGCGGGAAAGCACGGCGCACUGGCGCAGCUGUGCGCGCUGGUGGCCGGCCCUGCCCACCCGGGCGCGGGGUCGGGCGCGCAGUACCGCCGGCUUAAGUACCUGAACUACCUCCUGACGGAGAUUAUCACGGUGCUGGGCAACCGCUCCCACCCCGCCUUCCUCUGCAGCCUGUGGGACUCGCUGCUGAGGGAGGUCCCCGAACUCGUUUCCCACCCGGGCCAGAUGGUGAGGGUGGAGGCGGCGCGCCUGGGCGCGCUGCUCACCGCAUCCGUGCUAGACCAGGCAGAGUUUGACGCCUCGGUGGGCAUCAUGUUUGCGGUGGCGCGGGACGCCCCCGUGCAGCAGCAGCCCGGCACGCCCACGCCCUCCCAGGCGACGGGGGAGGACGGUAUGGACUUUGAGGCCGCGGGCGCAGAGGACGACGCGAGCCUGGCCUCGCUCAGCCCGCCACCUCACGCCGGGCCGGGCCUGACGCCGUCGGAGCUGGGCGCGGCGGCGGGCAGCGCCGGCGACAACCUCGACCCCGAGGUGGAGCCCAGCCCGGGGAGCGCGGUGCUCAUGCAGCACGAGGGUGCCGAGGGCCUGGAGGCCUCGCCCUCGGCCCUCAGCCUGGCACGCGCGCCGCUGGGAAAGGAGAGCGCGUCGCCCAGGUUUCAACAAGGCGAGAGGUUCUGGAGGGGGCUCUCUCGGUGGAUGAGGGCCCUGACCCGCGUCGCAUACUGCGUGGAGUUUGUGGCGCAGGCCAUUCAGGGGGGCGAGGGCACGGUGCUCCUGCCCUGGCUGGUGCGCCUGCUGCCGGGCAUGCUCAAGAUCCAGCGCCUCAUCCCCAGCGAGCUCCAGGCGGUGUCCAUGGCGGCGCGCAAGGCCGUGUCCCUGCUCAAGUACCUGCCCCUGAUGCACCCGGCGCUGGUGAAGAGCGUGCUCGCCACCCUGGUCCAGGCCUGUGGCGCUGAGCUGUGGCCCGAGCGUGCGUCGGCCCUGGUGUACCUGCAGUACUUCUGGUUCCGCCACGUCUUCCUGCUGGGCACCGCCGGCACCGCCGCGCUCGUGACCGCCGUGGUCGAACGCCUUUCAGAUGCCAAGCUGGAAGUCAGGGACCUUGCGGCCGCCACGCUGUCGGGCCUGCUCAAGGGCAUGGAGGAGUCCAAGACGGCGUCCCUGCGCGCCGCUUUCCUGGCCGACGUCGAGCGCCUGCUGCCCGCCAAGCGCGGCCGGAAGCGGAUGGUGCCCGGGCCCCUGCCGCCGCUGCCGGGGACGGCGGCAGCGGCUCCGGGCCCUAGCCUGGCCCGGCGACACGCGGCGGUGCAGGGCCUGCGCGCGUUUGUCCUUUCCAGCCCCUACGACGUCCCCGCCUGGCUGCCCGGGGUGCUCAUGGCCCUCGUGCGGCUGGCCGGCGAGCCCGCGCCCAUCAGGCGCGUUUUUACCACCGAGGGGGUGACGGUGACGAAGACGCUCGCCGAGUUCCGCAGGACGCAUGAGGAGGCGGGCCUGAGCGAGGUGCGGGACCAGCUGACGUCCGAGCAGUGGGAGGCGAUACGCGACGUUGCCCACCCCGCUCCCUACUUUGUCUAG